UCCCCUCCCGGGCAUCCCCUCCCCGUGACGGAGGUUUUGUUCCCUCUGCCCCGGCGGUGAUAAAAGUAGGGCAGGCUACUGGGCUGAACCAGAACCGCGGGGCCCUGGGUUCCCUGACACAUCCCUCGGGUUCCCUGACAUCCCUCGGGUUCCCUGACACAUCCCUCGGGUUCUCAGACGCAUCCCCCGGGACCCUGACGCAUCCCCCGGGACCCCGAAACGUCCCUUGGAUGGUGACAAGGACGUCCUUGAAGCAUCCCUGAAGCACCAUGAUCCCCAGUGAAGCCCCCCGGGGCUGCUGCCUGCUCCUCCUGCUCUCCCUGCUCCCAUUCCCGGGGAUCCUGGGGGGCAGGGACACCUUGGGAUCAUCCCUCUCAGCUUCCUCCUUCCUGCAGGAUCUCCUCCAGCGUUAUGGGGAGAGUGAAACCCUCAGCCUGAAGCAGCUGAAAGCUCUGCUGAAUCGUUUGGAUGUUGGGGUGGGACAUUCCAACAUCUCCCAGGAAUCCCAGAAAAGAAGGAAUCUCUCCCAGUGUUUCAGCUCCUUGGAGCUUUUCACCAUCCACAACCUGAGCGAGGGAUCUGCCCUGGGGAGCAGGGAAUUCAAGGAAUUUUGCCCCACCAUCCUGCAGCAGCUGGAAUCCAGAGCCUGUGCCUCUGAAAACUUGGAAAAUGAGGAAAAUGAGCAGACUGAGGAAAGCAGACCCAGCUCAGCAGAAGUGUGGGGCUUUGGUUUUCUCAGUGUAUCCAUGAUUAACUUGGCCUCCCUGCUCGGAAUCUUCGUUGUAGCCUGUACCAGGAAGCCUUUUUUCAGCCGGGUCCUCACGUUUUUCAUCGCCCUCUCCAUCGGCACGCUGCUCUCUAACGCGCUCUUCCAGCUCAUCCCAGAGGCAUUUGGCUUCAACCCUCAGGAAGAUUAUUAUGUUUCCAAGUCAGCUGUGGUGUUUGGGGGCUUCUACCUCUUCUUCUUCACUGAGAAAGUCUUGAAGAUGCUCCUGAAGCAGAAGGACCAGCAUCACCACGGCCACAGCCACUAUGGCCCUGAGGCUCUGCCAUCCAAAAAGGACCAGGAUGAGGGAGUCACUGAGAAGCUGCAGAAUGGGGACCUGGACCAUAUGAUCCCACCCAGAACCAACGAGCUGGAGUGCAAGAACCCCUCUGGGGAUGAGAAGGUUGUGGUGGGCUCCCUCUCUGUCCAGGACCUGCAGGCUUCUCAGAGUGCCUGUUACUGGCUGAAGGAGGUUCGGUACUCUGACAUUGGCACCUUGGCCUGGAUGAUCACCCUGAGUGAUGGCCUCCACAACUUCAUCGAUGGCUUGGCCAUCGGGGCCUCCUUCACCGUCUCCGUCUUCCAGGGGAUCAGCACCUCGGUUGCCAUCCUCUGCGAGGAGUUUCCCCACGAGCUGGGGGAUUUUGUUAUCCUGCUGAAUGCUGGGAUGACCAUCCGCCAAGCUCUCUUCUUCAACUUCAUCUCUGCCUGCUGCUGCUACGUGGGCUUGGCCUUCGGCAUCGUGGCCGGCAGCCACUUCUCUGCCAACUGGAUCUUUGCUCUGGCUGGAGGGAUGUUCCUCUACAUAGCUCUGGCUGACAUGUUCCCUGAGAUGAACGAGGUCAGUCGGGAGGAUGAGCAGAAGGGCACUGGCAGUGCUCUCAUCACCUUUGCCAUCCAGAACGCGGGGCUGCUGACGGGCUUCACCAUCAUGGUGCUGCUCACCACCUACUCUGGCCAGAUCCAGAUUGGGUAGGACCACCCUGACUCACAGCUCUGCUCCAGUUUUUCCCUUUGUUUUUGGUUUUUUUUUUUCCCUUUUUCUCCGUUUUUUAAUUUUUCCUUUCUUUUUUUUUGGGGGGGGAGCAAAGAACUAUUCCUUUUUUUUUUUUUUUUGUUUUGUUUUUCUGCUGCAAGCAUCUGAUGGUCCCUGUGCAGGCACUGACACCACACUACAGAAGAGGCAUUGCUUUGGAAGCUAUAGCUAUUCCACAGACUUCACUUUACUUUGGUUUAAAGCUAAGGGAAGGAGGAGGACACCUUCAUCCCCUUUGCUGGACGACCCAACUGACCAGAGCAUCUCUUCCCAACCUCAUAUCCUCAUAUCAAGGAUGGAGUUGGGAGACAGGAGCUGUGUUGCUCCUUUCCUUGUGCUUGGAGCCAUGGGAUGAUGCUCUCCUGACUUCUUUUUGGGAUCAGGAAAGGGUUUGGGGAGGGGGGAGGGAUACAGGGCUAGCGCUGGCCGCCAGCUGCCUCUGCCCACUCAGCUCCCAGGGGACAAAUGCCAAGUGCCACUGCUGAGAAGGGGACUUGCUGGUGUCACACAAGGAGCUGGCAUUUCCUUCCUGCAUUGGGAGGUGGUAUCCUGCAUUCUGGAAUCUGCAGACCAGGAUGGACCCUCCUUGGAAGUAGCCAGCAGGCUGAGCUAGCUCCCUGAGCAGGGAGGAAGAGGAGGAGGCUGAGCAUCACCUGGAGCUGCCCUCAGGAUGGAGCCUCUGGAAGCCACCUUUGGAUUUGUUCCCAUUCUGCCUCAAAAAUGCCCUGGGAAGAGCCAGGGUGAAGAGGGUUUACAUUGAAAGCACAUUUUGGGGGGAGCAGAGGACACCAAACCACAGUCUGGGUUGAACUGGCAGGAUGCCCUGACCUCUCCCUUAGGUCUCUGCUCUGCUUGGUUGAUUUUAUUAUUAUUUUGGUGGGGUAGGGAGGAAAAAAAAACCCUUUUCCUUCCAUCAGGGCAGGGUAUCAGUCCCUACACUGUGACCAAGCUGACACCUGGGAGCAGACACCAGUUUUGUGAUGCUGCUGAGAGGGGGUGAUGGGGGUGUUUUUUAAAAAAAAAAAAAACAAACAAAAACCAGAAAAAAAAAAAGAAAAAAAAACAACCAAAAAAGAAAUCCAAACCAAGACUGUGAACCUCUUCAGGUUGUGUGUUUUCCAGCCUUAAGGAGUAGCCAGGGAAGGGUGUUGCAGGCACUCAGCAGCUCUGCUUCUGGGCUGGCUUCCCCCAGAUUCACUAGGUGAAUGGAAUUAUUAUCAUAUUGAUAAUGUUGCCCCCCCCCCGUGUUGCUCCAGGUACCCUCACCCCCACUCCCUGCACCCCCAAACCUUCCCCUGCACCCCAAAGGGCUGAGGUUGUGGUCACCCUGCUCAGCAGGUGGUGGGGAUGGUGCUGGGUGGGGGUGAGGAUGGUGCUGAUGGCUUCAGGAUGUCCUUUGGUGCUGGGGGUGGCUUGUCACCAGGUGUCCUUCUUUGUGUGUGUGUCACCUGGGCUCAGAGGGACAGCUUUUUGGGUUUGUUUUUUUUUUUUAAUCCUUCCUGUCACAAGAGAAAUGGCUCAGCACCACCCUAGGGUGCCUUAGGUACCACCUGAUGUUCCUCUGAGGCUCCUUGUCCCCAAACUGAGAUGUGGCACUGCCAGCACCCUCCUGGAUCAGCUCCUCUGCUCCCCGUGGCUUUGCCAUUGUCCCCUUGGCACCCAGAAGGUUGAAAAUCAACAUGGGGAGGAGCACGAAGCCUUCUCAGGAGCACCCAGAGGUACCACGGGGACCUUUCUGCUGUGUGUGAUGCCUCCAAGGAGAGGAUGGGCUUUGAUUUAUUCCCUCUGCAGUGCCUCUUGGUCAUCCUAAGUCACUGAUACCUCCACCUGGAAGCAGCAGCACCCAGCACCUCCUGGUGUCACCCAUGGUUUUGGGUUUUUUUUUUUUUUGGAGGUUUUUUUUUUUUCCCCCAGCAAUCAGGAGGAAAGUGGCAUCAGAAAUUCCCUGGAGAGAGGGACCCCUCUGGCCCACUGGAUGUGGAGAAACCCUGCCCUCUGAAGGGCACAUGUGCCCUUUUCUCUCUCAAGGAAAAAUCUGGAGAACAUCAAGCAACUUGGCAGCUCUCCAAAGGGGCAACCAUGGCCCUGGAGCAGAGAUGGAAAAACCUUUGGGUUUCCGAGGAGAAAGGAGGGAAAUCUCCUUGCCUGGCCCCUUGGGGGGACAGCAAGAACACUACAAACCAUACCUGGGAGGUCCCCAAGAGCUGGAAAACAGGGCCAGGGCUGAUGUGUGGCUACCUCGGAGCAGGAAUGGGCUACUUGGAACUCAGAGGGGAUCCUGAGUCCAUCAUCUUCUCAUUUCAAGUUGAACCUUGCUUCUUGCCCACUGAGAAAGGUGCAACACAGAGAUUUGGGGUGAAGGGGCUGAAAGAAACAAAACCCUCAAAGAAACAAAGCUCCUGGUAGGGAGGGACCCUCCAUCCACCAAAGGAUGGGAGAGAGCUCAUCCCUGACUUGGGUACCCACCUGGGGGAGGGAGGAGGAGGGAAAAUGACCCAAACUGAGCUGCUUUAUGGGUUCUUUUUAUUUUUUCAUCCACGUUUUCCUUCCCCUGUCCAAGUUCCAUCUCAGUAUUUCAAUAACUCAGGUGUUGUUCAGAAGAGAGAAGGCGUCGAAACAAACAAACAAACAAACAAAAGAACAUUAACUUAAUGUCACGUGAAUUGUAAAGUUCUUUGUCAAAAUUCCAUAAAUAAAAUAUAUUCUGUAAUGA